AUGUCUACCCUUGUGCUCUCCUUCCUUUUAGGGUUCCUAUUACUGGUGCAACAUUCAAAACAAUCGGUGAACAAAGAGGACAGUGGUCCGGUGAGCCCCCACCGGAUACCUAUGAGUAUAGGUGGUGUUGUCGAUACGAGCAGUCGUGUAGGUAAGGAGCAGAAAUUAGCCAUGGAGAUGGCUGUUCAUGAUUUGCAUCAGUUGUCAACAGGUUCUGAGUUGGUUCUGAUCAACCUCAAGGAUUCUUAUGGGAACUCAGCUCAAGCGGCUUAUGCCGCAAUUGACCUCAUCGACCGCAAACAUGCCGAAGCCAUAGUUGGACCAUUGACCUUGCAUGAAGCUUCUGUGGUCCGUGAGUUAAACAAUGUCACCAAAGACAUCCCCAUCAUGUCCAUAGCCCCAAUACCACCCAUAUCUCCGCCACUUCUGCCACCACAACCACCAUCUUUCAUCCAGAUGAGUAACGAUCUCACAACCCACAUGCAGUGCAUCGCCGCCAUUGUCGGUCACUUCAGGUGGCGAAAGGUGACAGCAAUAUAUGAACAAAGCACCAGUCUCUCCACUGAUUCUGAGCUCAUCAUUCACCUCUCCGACUCACUCCUAGCUGUUGACUCAGUCAUUGAGCGCCACACAGCUUUCCCUCCUAUAUCUUCUCUAACAAACACAAGAAACUUCAUUGAAGAAGAGCUGAAGAAGCUCAGAAGCAAGAGCAAUAGGGUGUUUAUACUCAUACAGUCUUCUUUAGACUUUGCCGCCAUUCUUUUCGAGAAGGCAAAGCAAAUGGGAAUGAUGGAGAAAGGGUACGUAUGGAUUGUUACAGAUGACAUUGCAAGCCUUCUUGAUUCUGUUGAUCCAUCCGCCAUUUCUAACAUGCAAGGUGUAAUUGGUUUCAAGACCAACUUCAUAGACACAACUGAGUCUUAUAGACAGUUCAGACUCAGAUUUCGCAGGAAUUUUAGGUCAGAACACCCAGAAGAAGAGGAACAUUCAGACCCAAGUAUAUUUGCACUUCGAGCUUAUGAUGCAACGUUGGCCAUUGCUAGAGCCAUGCAAAUUUCACAAGGAGAGAGAAACUCAAAAGGGUUAAUAAAUCACAUUUUGUCUAGUGAUUUUGAAGGUUUAUCUGGGAGAAUAAGAUUCAAUAAAGGCCAAUUAUCAGAAUUACCAAUCUUUAGGAUCAUUAAUGUGAUUGGUAAAAGCUAUAGAGAAGUAACAUUCUGGUCACCAUUGUUUGGUUUCUCACAGGACUUCAUCAAACGGGUUGGAAUGAAGAUGAGAGUAGGCAAUGGUUUAGUGGGAGAGUUGGGUUCAAUUUACUGGCCAGGCAGUGACCAAAGUGUUCCAAAGGGAUGGAGUUUAGGUGAGGGAGAGAAACCGAUGAAGAUUGGUGUUCCGGCGAGGGGUGCUUUCAAUCAAUUUGUGAAUGUUAAUUAUGAUCCAAGCCGGAAUGAAACGUCGGUGACCGGAUUUUCAAUUGAAGUUUUUGAAGCUGCUGUGAAUAGGCUACCUUAUGACUUGCCAUAUGUGUUAGUUCCCUACUAUGGCUCCUAUGAUGAAAUGGUAGCUGAAGUUCAUAACAAGGUAUGUCUUUCAUUUCAUGAUACCAUCACUUACAUCCGAUAUCAAUAG